GUAGAAGAAAUGAGGCACAGGACAAGAGGGCAGCUGGGCCUCCGUCGCUACGUGACCCGCAACACUUCCGGUCCUUCACCGUUUCUGUUCCCCCGCCCCACUUCCUCGGCUAGCCGGGAUCGCGCUGAGUCCCCGGUGAGCCGAGGUCGGGCCGGGCGGCCUGACCCUGACAUCCAGCCUCCCCCAGAGGGCGCAUGGAGGGCUCCCCGGAGGAGGAGGGUGGGGAGGGGCCCGGGCCGCGACCGCCCCCGGGAGCUGUGGACGCCGUCCUCAGGCACAGCUCGGCGCUGCCCGCGGAAGCCGUCCAGGUCCGGGGUUACGACUUCAACCGCGGCCUGGACUAUGGCGCUCUCCUGCGCGCCUUCGCCACCACCGGCUUCCAGGCCACCAGCUUCGGCCGCGCCGUGCAGCAGGUCAACGCCAUGAUUGAGAAGAAGCUGGAGCCUCUUGGGGAGGAGGAGGAGAACCACACAGAUCUGAACCCAAGCCGUCGGCCAGUGAGCGGCUGCACCAUCUUCUUGGGCUACACAUCAAAUCUCAUCAGCUCUGGUGUCCGAGAGACCAUUCGUUACCUGGUGCAACACAAUAUGGUGGAUGUUCUGGUGACAACUGCAGGUGGUAUAGAGGAAGAUCUGAUAAAAUGCCUGGCACCCACAUAUCUGGGCGAAUUUAGCCUGAAGGGGAAGGACCUGAGACAAAAUGGCAUCAAUAGGAUUGGAAACCUGCUUGUUCCCAAUGACAAUUACUGCAAGUUUGAGGACUGGUUGAUGCCGAUUCUGGACCAGAUGGUUCUGGAGCAAAAUACAGAGGGGGUGAAAUGGACCCCAUCAAAGAUGAUUGCACGAUUGGGCAAAGAGAUCAACAAUCCGGAGUCUGUGUAUUACUGGGCACAGAAGAACAACAUCCCAGUGCUAAGCCCUGCUCUGACAGAUGGGUCUCUUGGGGAUAUGAUCUUCUUCCACUCAUAUAAGAACCCAGGGCUUGUACUGGACAUUGUGGAAGAUUUACGACUCAUCAACGCUCAGGCCAUCUUUGCCAAGUGCACAGGCAUGAUCAUCCUCGGGGGAGGCCUGGUGAAACACCACAUUGCCAACGCUAACCUCAUGAGGAAUGGGGCCGAUUAUGCCGUCUACAUCAACACGGCCCAGGAAUUUGAUGGCUCAGACUCUGGUGCGAGACCAGAUGAAGCCGUGUCCUGGGGCAAGAUCCGAAUGGACGCAAAGCCAGUUAAGGUCUAUGCUGAUGCCUCUCUUGUCUUCCCUCUGCUUGUGGCAGAGACUUUUGCCCAGAAAAUCAGCUCCUUCACUCCUGAGAAGAACAAUGACUGAGUAGCUGGUUCCAACAAGGACCUGAAGCUGGGAGUUCUGAUCCCUCCUAUUUAUUGUCUCACAGUUACUCCCCAGACAUCCCCAACUUUCAUGGUGCCCUGGCCAAGGUCAGCAAAUACCUAGGCGUGAGAUAAAGAUCUCUUUACUUGGCAGGUAAUAGUACAGAUCCCUAAGGCCAAUAAACUCCAUGCGUCCCAUCCA